UACUACUACUACUACUACCACUACCACUACUACUACUACUACUACUACUUCUACUACUACUGCUACUAUUACUACUACUACUACUACUACUACUACUACCACUACCACUACUACUACUACUACUACUACUUCUACUACUACUACUACUACUACUACUACUACUACUACUACUACUACUACUACUACUACUACUACUACUACUACUACUGGAAUUGAGUAAAACGUAA